GACACACUCGUAAUAUUGUUGGCACUCGAACGUGAUAUGUAUGCAUUUCUUUCCUAAACUAAACGUUAUUCUAACUUUAGUGCAGAUAGAGUAGGCCUACCUAACAUAAUAAUGGCAGCAUCAACAAUCUCGAGUGGACAAACCACGUCUACACCUAAUUCUGUGGAGGCCAUUUUUGAUAAUAUGGAGUACGGACCUAAUCCUGAAGCACCAAAUGCUGCGCAGGCAUGGCUUGACAGUCAUGAGAGAAAGCUGGGCCACUUCAUUAACAACAAGUGGGUGCGACCAGAGAAUCGUAAGACCUACACAACCCGUGGACCCGCGGCAGGUGAACCUCUGGCAACCACUAUCCAAGGGGAGGAAGAGGACGUCGAGCUGGCAGUGAGCUGUGCAUCCAAAGCCUACAAUUCGUGGAGCAAGCUACCGUGCCAUGUACGAGCAAGACAUAUCUAUAGUAUCGCCCGUCAUGUUCAGAAGCACCAUCGUCUGAUAGCUGUGGUUGAAGCCCUCGACAACGGUAAGCCAAUCAGGGAGACUCGUGAUGCUGAUAUCCCUAUUGUCAUUCGUCAUCUCUACCAUCAUGCUGGGUGGGCGGAGCUUAUGGACACGGAAAUGGCCAAUUGGAAAUCAGUGGGUGUGGUUGGUGCCAUAGUUCCUUGGAACUUCCCCCUCAUGCUUCUGAUCUGGAAAGUGUGCCCCGCCUUGGCCAUGGGAAACACGGUGGUCCUCAAGCCGGCAACGUACACCCGUCUCAGCGCCCUUCUCUUCGCCCAGAUCUGCGCCGAGGCAGGGCUGCCUCCCGGUGUGCUCAACAUCGUGACGGGUAACGGUGCGUUUGGUAGUAAGCUGGCUCUACAUCCAAGGGUCGAUAAAGUGGCUUUCACUGGAUCAACAGAGGUUGGUCAGAUCUUGAGACGAGCGACUGCUGGAUCAGGGAAGAAGCUAUCUCUCGAGCUUGGAGGGAAAUCCCCCUUUGUUGUCUUUGAGUCAGCUGACCUUGAUUCAGCUGUAGAGGGCAUAGUUGAUGCUAUCUGGUUCAACCAAGGUCAGGUAUGUAGCGCUGGAUCAAGGCUUAUUGUCCAAGAGACAGUCAUGGCCAAGAUGGUGGCGAAGCUCAGAGAACGUAUAAUGCAUCUUCGUCUUGGUGACUCCCUGGAUAAAUCGGUAGACAUGGGUGCAGUGGUUGACCCCUCACAGCGAAAGACAGUGGAGGAAUACGUGGAGGAGGCCAGGAGAGAAGGAGCUGAGAUCAUUCAGAAUCCUGAUUGUGUACCAAAGAAAGGAUGUUACUACCCGCCGACCGUCAUCACUAAUGUUCAGACGUCAUCUAGAGUCGUCAUGGAGGAAAUAUUUGGUCCAGUCCUGGUUGUCCUACCAUUCCGAACAGCCAAGGAAGCCAUAGCUCUUGCUAAUAACACCAACUAUGGUCUAGCUGGCAGUGUCUGGACAGAGAAUGUCAGCCUCGGACUAGAAGCAGCACUAAGCAUCAAAGCUGGUGCUGUCUGGGUCAAUGCUCAUAAUAUGUUUGAUGCAGCGGCUGGUUUUGGAGGCUAUAGGCACAGUGGAUAUGGCAGAGAUGGUGGCAAAGAGGGUCUGUAUGAAUACGUAGUACCAUCAUGGAUGAACAAGACUAAACCUGGGACGGUAGACAUGGACAUCAAACUCUUCGGAAGCCAUGUUCCCAACAUUCCAACCGACAAUCCACCAGCGCCCUCUACUGUUCAAGUUGAUGGAUUCUCCAUGCCCAGCAUUGAUCGUACCUAUAAGCUUUACUACGGCGGUGCACAGAAGAGGCCCGACGGGAUGUACUCGAAACCUGUCAUGGAUGCAGAGAAUCAGGUUGUUGCGUUGGUUGCCGAUAGCAACAGGAAGGACGUAAGGAACGCUGUGGAAGCAGCACACAAGGCAGCACCAGGUUGGGGCAAGCGUGCAGCCCACAACCGAGCUCAGAUUGUUUACUACAUGGCUGAAAACCUUGAACAGAGGAGGGAAGAAGUCGCACAGGGUAUCGCGAGGUUGACGGGUCAAGAUAUGAAGAGCGCCCUCAACGAAGUUGAUCUGUCCAUUCAAAGGCUGUUCUACUGGGGAGCCUAUGCUGAUAAGUAUGGUGGAACCGUUCAGGAGACCACUCUUUACGGAGCUACUGUUAAGAUUCAUGAACCGGUUGGCGUAGUCGGUAUCAUCUGUCCUGAAGAGAGCCCUCUGUUGGCCUUUGUAUCUUUGUUUGCUCCUGCUGUCAUCAGGGGUAAUGUUGUCAUUGCCGUGCCAAGUGAGAAGUAUCCACUACCAGCUCUUGGCUUCUAUCAGGUAUUUGAUACAUCCGACCUCCCAGGGGGCGUGGUCAACAUCCUGACUGGCGAUAGCAGUCACAUGACCAAGUAUCUCUCCGAACAUCAGGACAUCCAGGCCAUGUGGUACUUUGGCACGCCCGAGGGAUCAAAGUUCGUAGAGCACACCUCGGCCGAUAACCUCAAGAGGACGUGGGUGAACUACGGAGCGAGCCGUGAUUGGUCGGAUAGAGCACAGGGGCAAGGGGAAGAGUUUCUCUACCAGUCUGUGGAAGUUAAGAACAUCUGGAUACCAAUGGGAGAUAUCUAUGCUAAUUAGAUGUACUUUUCAUUUUCUACCAUGUUCUUCUGUAUUUCUCUUUUCUAUCUACCUCGUGUCCUCAUUGUACCUGUAGAUGUGUGCUUUAUUAGAUAGAAUCCCGUAUUGUUUUUUAUCUUUAUUUUUUCAUCUUUCUUUCUCAAUCUACUAUCACACUCAUCUGUAGUUCUCUUUUCUUUCUUUGCAUGUAUCUUUUGUACUUGUAGAUUUGUGCUAUAUUAAAAGGAUCCUGCAUUGUUUUUUUUUAUCUUUCUGUUUUUUAUCUUUCUUACCAAAUUAAUUCAUCCUUGUCUCUCUUUUAUUUUUUUUUCUUCAUUCAACCCAUCUGUCUUAUAUAACUUUCUGUACUGACCUGCACGUUUAUUCUUUCUUUUGGUUUUUGUCUCACCUGCAUAGCAGAGUGAGACUAUAGGCGCCGCUUUUCCGACGGCGGCGGCGGCGACGGCGGCGUCAACACCAAAUCUUAACCUGAGGUUAAGUUUUUGAAAUGACAGCAUAACUUAGAAAGUAUAUGGACCUAGUUCAUGAAACUUGGCCAUAAGGGUAAUCAAGUAUUACUGAACAUCCUGCCUGAGUUUCAUGUCACAUGACCAAGGUCAAAGGUCAUUUAGGGUCAAUGAACUUAGACCAUGUUUGGGGAAUCAACAUCAAAAUCUUAACCUAAGGUUAAGUUUUUGAAAUGUCAUCACAACUUAGAAAAUAUAUGGACCUAGUUCAUGAAACUUAUACAUAAGGUUAAUCAAGUAUCACUGAACAUCCUGCAUGAGUUUCACAUCACAUGACCAAGGUCAAAGGUCAUUUAGGGUCAAUGAACUUUGGCCGAAUUGGGGGUAUCUGUUGAAUUACCAUCAUAACUUUGAAAGUUUAUGGAUCUGAUUCAUGAAACUUGGACAUAAUAGUAAUCAAGUAUUACUGAACAUCCUGUGCAAGUUUCAGGUCACAUGAUCAAGGUCAAAGGUCAUUUAGGGUCAAUGAACUUUGGCCAAAUUGGGGUAUUUGUUGAAUUACAGCCAUAAAUUUGAAAGUGUGUUGGUCUAGUUCAUAAAACUUGGACAUAAUAGUAAUCAAGUAUCACUGAACAUCCUGUGCGAGUUUCAGGUCACAUGAUCAAGGUCAAAGGUCAUGUAAGGUCAAAGAACUUUGGCCACGUUGGGGGUAUUUGUUGAAUUGCCAUCAUAUCUCUAUAAGUGUACUGGUCUAGUUCAUAAAACGUGGAAAUAAGAGUAACCAAGUAUCACUGAACAUCUUGUGCGAGUUAUAGUAGUUUUCAAAAUCAGCACUGCUGCUAUAUUGAAUCGCGUGAUGCAGGUGAGACGGCCAGAGGCAUUCCACUUGUUUUAUUCCCAAUUCCUUCUUUCUUAUCCCUGUUUCCCAUUUUUUUCUUUUGUUAUUUUCUCUUCAUUCCACCCACCAUCUGUCUGUCUUCCCACAAUUCUCUAUAGUAACCUAGUUCUAGCAUGGGCAGUCUAGGUAAUCCAGGGCCCGGUUUUACAAAGGGUUGUGAUAUCCAAUCAACCUCAACUAUAUGGAAAUCCAUCAGUGUCAUCAUUUUUCCCACAGAAAAUUUGCACAAUGUCCUUUGUAAACAAAGAGGGGCACACCUAAUAUUCAAGACAACAAUGAAUAUAUGACUUUACAUCAUAUCUUGAAAACCUUUUAAACAGAAAUGCAUUUUAGAUGUUUGCCUUGCUGGCUUUCCGUAGUUGUGGUUGAUCAGAGCAAUCACAACUCUUUGUAAGAUGGAGACCUGACCGCAACCAUUGAGAAUUUGGAGGAAAUGAAAUAAUACUUUGACAAUUCUGAGCUUUUGUUUCGAUAUGUAUUUUCCUAAUUUUGUUGAUAACUUUACUCCACAGUCCAAUGGGAAAUACAGUGUUUCCCCCAUUUUUAAGCAAAAUUAUCCUUAUUUUCUACUUAGAUGGCUUGGGUGAUCUGGGAAUCAUCUUUGUGAUAUCUUAUCAGUCAAAACUAUUGUGGUACGAUCAGGAUUGUCAUUAUACUGUCGUAAAUGACACUAAAAUUACUUGUUACAGAAUACUUCUUUAUGUAAAAAUCCACGUCUACCUAAGCUGCAGUGGUUUUUGUUUUGUUUUGUUUUUGUUGUUGUGGGUUUUUUUUUUUUUUUUUUUUGGGGGGGGGUGUUUUACUUAGCACCUCACUCAAAUUGUGAGGUAACAAAUAAGAGAGAGUGAGAGGGGGAAGGGGGGUUGAUUUGCAAGUUGUCUUUUCUUUUUAAGUCCCUUAGUAUUGAUGGACUUUAUACCAGUACUACACUAUGUGGUUUAUAUGAUUUGAUUGUGUAAGCUCUCACUUGGGGAAGGGUAGGAACUUGCCAAAUAUUUCAUGAUUUAUGUCUACCAAUAAGGGUCUAGAUUUGAUUCAUUGCUGGUGUCAGCAGUGUUCUUGUAAAUAUAUUUUCUUUGAAGUUAAAAGAGGUCUAAUUUUUCUGUGUUUGUGUCCAGAAGAUGAAUUGGUUUUAGGGAGGUAUUCAGUAGUUUUACGUAAAAAAAGACAUGGAAAUUCGCUUUUUAUAUAGAUACGAACCAGAAUUUAAAAAUCAUGAACGUUUCUUAUCUUGAAAUUAUACUUGCUUUUAAUAUUCUUAUGUCUAUUUUAUAGGUUUUACCACACAAAACAUGUUUAUAGGACGACAACACAUAUCUCUUCGUGGUUGCUUAAGGUAUUUGUACGAAUCAGAAUUGUUUAUAGCUAUGAUUGUGUUUUGAAAUAUUAUACAUGCUAUGUUUUGCAUUUUGUUUUUAUUAUUUUCUUUGGGAGAAAAGAAAAUAUACAAAAACCACAUGAAACAUAUGAAUGGACCUUAAUAUAUACUGAAAUUUGUUCCUUGUACACUUGUAUUUCAUGUGAUUUUUAUUGGUUUUUGUCCUGCCUGCAUGGCAGAGCGAGACUAUUGGCGCCGCUUUUCCGAAAGCGGUGGCGGUGGCGGCGUCAUCACCAAAUCUUAUCCUAAGAUUAAGUUUUUGAAAUGACCUCAUAACUUAGAAAGUAUAUGGACCUAGUUUAUGAAUUGGAUAUAAGGGUAAUAAAGUAUUACUGAACAUCUUGCCUUGGUUUCAGCUCACAUGACCAAGGUAAAAGGUCAUUUAGGGUCAAUGAACUUUGGCCAUGUUGGGGGUAUUUGUUGAAUUACCAUCGUAACUUAAAAAGUUUAUGGAUCUAGUUCAUGAAACAUAGACAUAAGGGUAAUCAAGUAUAAAUGAUUGUUUUGCACACAUCUUAGAUCACAUGAUCAUGGUCGAAGGUUAUUUUGGGUCAAUGGACAUAGUAUUUCAUUAUCAUAUGAAUGUUUUCUUAUGUGAAUAAUUAUUCAAUAGCCGUUUUCAAAGUCACCACUGCUGCUAUAUCGAAUCGCUAGACGGCCAGAGGUGUUCCACUUGUUUUUUGUUAAAGUUUUGUAUCCUAAAGAGGUUCUUAACAAUUCAAUAUGUGUACAUCUAUUCCAACAAAAUGUUUGGUAAUUAUCAUAAUCCUCUCAAAAUGAACAUUGAGGUGAAAAAUAAAGUGUGGAGAUGUUCAGGUAAUAUGAUGUGAGUAAUUGCAUUUUGAAAGCUUAAACUCUUAACCUACAAGAACUUGACUGUCCCUGUACACAAAGUCUAUGGGAAUUACAGAAUUCAAUAAUGAAGGUUAACCCAUUAUCGUUGCCACAACUGGCAUUUAUCUCUUACACAUGGGUGGAGAGAGGGAAAAGGUGUGGAUUGAUGCCUUGUCAGAGGGUGCUAGCGCUGGAUUGGGAUUCAAACCCAUGCCCUUAUGAUUACAAGGCUAGUUUCAGAACCAGUUCACCACCAUCCUUCCACCCUAUUCAGAUCUGCCAACCUUCUACAACAAAAAAAGUAUUUUUAGAAGGAAAAAAAGUAUUUUUUGACAAAAAAAGAGAGUAUUUUAAAAAAUUUGUCUUAACGUAACAAUUGCCAGCCUGUUGUAGUGAGAUCAGUAAAAAACCUGUGAAAUGACUCUACUUGAAAAUUCACCCUUUUAAACAUGUGCUCGUAGGCAAGAAUUAACUUGUUCUUUUCAUGCAACAAGUUACUGGCCCGACAUUGAUUUUUACCGGUCUGGGACUGUCAGACCGGCGCUCGUGUCAUGCGCUGUGUAUAAUACAUGUACAUACUCCAUGAUCGGAAAUUUAAAAAAAAAGUAACAAAUCAUACAAAAUGUAUUGGCAUAUUCAUAGCAAAAAAGAAGAACAAAUACUCUAAAAAGGGAACGGUUGGCAUGUCUGUCUAUUGCAUCGGAUCAGGGCCCUGUCUUACAAAGAGUUAUGAUCCAUUCAAUUUCUUUCAACUGUAUGGAAAUCCAUCCAUGCCAUAAUUCUUUCGACAGGAAAUUUGCAGUCUCUUAAUUCAACAAAGAGAAUCACACUGAAUCUUCAAGAGAACGAUGGAUGUAUGAAUAAACACAUCUAGAAAAUAUUUUGAACAACUUUGCAUGUUAGAUGUUGAUGUUCUGGCUGUCUAUAGUUGUGGUUGAUCGGAUCAAUCACAAAUCUUUGUGAGAUUGGGCCCAGGUUAGCCUGAUUCAGAGGCUUUUUUGCGUGUUAGAAAAGAAAAAUAUAUAUAUAUAAUUUUUUUUUGGGGGGGGGCAUACAUGUAUAUAUUUAAUCUGUAUCGAAUGUACAAAAGUAGGAAAUUGUGGUCUUCCAAGACAAUGUGUACUAUAUAAGUGAAUACUGUUAUCAUCGGUUGGGCGAUGAGGACUCUCUCAUGUGAAAAACUAAGUAUUCAGUAGGUAUACAUCUGAAUUAUCUUGCAAUUAAUCGUUUGUAAACCUAUGUAGGUGAUUGGCGUUAAGAUAGCCUUGGAUGCGGCACAAUAAAGGUUUAAAGGCGAGUCUGAACCACCAGACUGUAGCCUGAAUGUAAAUACAA